AUGGUGGACGCUGCGAACACUGAAACAACGCCUGCUACUUCAACAUUUCUUGGCCGAAUUUUACAGAUUGCUUUGGGCAUAUUCGUGACGACCUCUGAUUUACCGCCCUAUAGUUCAAAUGAAAUUGACAUGACUGCAGUUGGCUACAAUUGCACGUUCGAUGAUCCAUGCAGGUGGUUUUCUGAAGGUGCUACAGCAGAUCGCUGGAGAAGAGCUCAGGGUGAACCGGAUCUAUUUUUAUGGCUUGCUUCUACGGGUACUAUUCAGCGACCAGGAGGACCAUUUGCCCUGAUUGAACUUCGUGGGCAACAAGCAGAUCGUUUUUUAAGCGAUAAAAUACAAUGUCAAGAUGGCACUGUUUCACUGUCAUUUACUUACUGGAUAGUAGGUGAUGCAAACCUGAAGGUUUGCUUGGUCGAUUCAUUGGACAAAAAAUUCAAUUGUACAGCUAUGCUGGGUGCACAACCUAUGCCAAGAAAAGUUUUGCUUUCACUACCGCAAGUGCAGAAGCCAUUUCGAAUCGCUGUUAUACCGAAUAUAGCCAUUGGAAUGAUCGCAAUAGACGAUAUCGAAUACAGUGGAGUACCAUGUCAACGAGAAAUUUCCACUAUUACUCCCAUCCCUUCCAUAGAGAGCGAAAAUUUCAAUUUUUCUCAAAUAACCGUCGAAGGGAUGACGUUCGGUGCAGAAGGUACAGGGGUCACUAUAACUUCAUCGACGGAACCUACCCUGGCAAUUGAACCAACAGAGCCACCAUUUGAUUUGCUAAUUAUUGGGAGCAAAACGAUUCCAUUCUUCGAUCAUCGCAGAGGACGCAUUAUUGGCAAUAACACGAUGCUGCUCUGCGAUUUUACUAAUAAUUUCCUUUGCCUUUGGGGUCCUGAAAGUGGUCGAUGGGGAAUCAUUCAAGAAGGUGCGUUACCUUCGUUGACCAUACCAGAUGGUUAUCCAACUCCAUCAUAUCCCGUAGCUAUUGUUAUUCAAGGAACAGCAAUGUUGACAAGUGAUCCGCUAAAAUGCCAAACUGGUUCAGGAAAGUUGAUGUUUCGACAUUGGACGAGUGGUUCUCCAACUGUACAAGCUUGCGUGAUUGGCUAUGGUAUUGGAAGCAAAAAGGUGGAAUGCAUAGGAGCAAGUCAGGAUAAUGAAGCCGCUGAUGACAAAUCUCUCUUGGUCUUCUAUUUCAAACAACCAAUUCUGGAACCAUUUACGCUUAAUAUUAUUCCACAAUGGGACAACACAGCACGGAAUCAGUACUUAAUUAUCGAUGAAAUUGCUUAUUUUGGAAACUGUAAUACAAAAAAGCUCAAUGAGGAAAUCAAUGAAGGAUUUUUGACCGUGCAAAAUAGCAACUGGACCAGACCGAGAACUUAUGGAAAUUUUGUUUGGAGUACCGAAAAACAUAACACUGGAUCUCCACGAAAGAAACAGAAUGAAAAAAUUUCAAAAAACACAUCCAUUCCAAAAACAAAUUACUCAGAAUGGAAAACUUUACCACCUAUCAUAACUUCUGAUCAAUUAUUGAUAGAUUCUACGCAUUCGGAUUACUGUAAACUGCUCAAUUGUAAUUUCGAAGAAAACGCAUGUAAUUAUUUGAAUCAUGGACUUACAAAGGUUCCAUGGAUGUUGCGAAGUAGUGGCUACGAAACGACUAUUUUAAAAUCCAUUGAUUUACUCCCAUUUUCACCAAAUGAUCAAUACAUCAGCACAAGGUUACCGCCCGAUCAGUAUGCCAUAUUAGAGUCACCACGAUUCAAAGCUACAUCAGAAAUAAAUAUUAUUCUAUUCCAGUACUACAGGUCAUCAUUUUAUGCAACUAUUCGAUUAUGUCUGAACAGCUGUUCUGUCUAUCUGUACAAAAAUGCAUCAGUUUUUACCCAAUGUCCGUCAUUAAUUCCGGGAACACAGUUAUCCAAAAAAACGCAUGAAUGGUAUACUGCUAGAAUUCGGCUUCCAGUAGGCACUACUCGUUUUUAUUUGGUAGCACAAAAUUCAAAUAAAUCGACUACUGAUGCUGUGGUGGCCAUAGACAAUAUUAAGCUGCCAACAUGCAGCUCGGAAAAAGAUGCAACAGUCGACAUGAAUAAUACUUCCUAG